CAAAUCCCAUUGUCAUAAGAAUUUGAUUGACUCACUUCAUAAUCGUUAAUUAUAAUAACUUUGAAUAUAUCCUGGUGACAUUAAUGUUCCAUCCUCCACGCGGUUCUUAAAAGCCGACUUUCUUUGUCCUUUGUAUCUCGCCCUAUAUAUUUACAUACACACGCAUUUGUAAAGAUAUUCCAAGAUCAUAAACAUUAUUCUUCAUCCAUACAAAGAAAACAUCUUCACAUACACAUCAAACUCUUGCCUUAGAUCAAAUUCGUUACAACUAAUCGUUCAAAGAUGAGUCAGUACAAUCACAACCAAUCUUCAGGUAUGAAAAUUCAUGUUUAUUAUGUUUUUCUUGUCUUUUUACUAUGUUAUUUAAACGAGAUGUGAAAGACUAUAGGCAAGUUCUUUUUUUUUUUUUGGGUAAAACUAUAGGCAAGUUCUUGAAUAUUGAUCUUAUAAAGACUAAUGAUAUAUUAUGUAACGUAGGUGCUAACCCUCCACCACCGAUGUCUACGGCACCACCACCGAUUGGUUACCCGACGAUCGACCCUAGUCAUGGUUCGGCAGCUCCUGUUAAAGUCGAGACCAGUUCUAAGGGUGAUGGAUUCUUAAAAGGCUGUCUUGCGGCCAUGUGUUGCUGUUGCGCCCUGGACAUCUGCUUCUAAGGAGAUGCAAUAACAUUGGAGUGGUUUUUUUGUUCACGAGUUGUGUGAUUGUCAUGUGAAUUAUUCUCUCUAGCCUUAUUGUAAAAAAGAAAUAUUCUACUAUUGGUUUAUUGAUUUCCUGUAAGACUUGUGGGUUUUUUAUUUGAACAUAUUGUUAUGAUCUUUUAGUCUUCACAAAUUUUUGAUACUUUUAUUGGGUCGACGAUCUAUUUCCCUACGAGAAGUAUCGUAUAACACAAAAUGUCCACGAAAUUAUGACUUCAUUUUAUUUACUCCCAGAAUAAAGUUCGUAACCUAUUUCCUCAUCAA